GCCAGUACACAAGUAUCCAGAAAAGGACACCCCUAGUCCAAACCAAAGUUCACAUCGUCUCCACCUACUGAAGGGGUACACCUCAGCCAGCUAGCUGCGCUGCCCAAUCUAUCGAUCCCCAAUGGCGAGGCGCCUGCCAAAGUCCGAGAGGUCGCCGUCGCCGCCGCCGCCGCCGCCCGGCGACCAAAGGGACGCUGCCAUCCAGGAGCUCAGCAAGGGCAGCGAGCUGGCGACGCAGCUCAUGGCGCAGCUGGAGCUCAUCCCGGAGCGGGAGCUCGACGGCCGCCGCGACGACGCGCUGGCCAACGUGAGGAGCCUCUCCAUGUCCCUCAGCUCCUCGCUCUACGCCCUCCGGUCCGAGAGGAGGGAGCACUACUACUGCGGCUCCUCCUCCUCAUCCGGCGGCGCUGGGCCAGCUGCUGUCACCUCCGUCUCCGGCGCCGGCGGCGAAAGAAAGACGAAGCGCCGGCGAGGCAAGCAUGGCGAGGAGCUCAUCGAGACGGUAUUCAUUACUACGACACCAGAAAAUGAUGGGUUUCACUGGAGGAAAUAUGGCGAGAAGAAUAUCCUCAACAGUGAAUUUCGAAAGUUAUACUACAGAUGUGGUUACAGUGAUGAGCGAAAGUGUCAAGCAAAGAAAUAUGUGCAGCAAGAAAACAACAAACAUCCCCCAGAGUUCAGGGUCACCCUCACCAACGAGCAUACAUGCAAUACAGUGUUCCAAGAUCAGCCCAGUUCAAGCAGUACUAAUUCCCAAGUGCUCGACUUCACAAAAGCAUCCAUUUCCUCAUCAUUAAUGGAUUCUCAUGUCGGCGCGCCGAUCUUGAAGGAAGAGGAAGAAGAAGAAGUUCCCUCCAUUGAUGAGAGCACAAGAAUCAUGUCCACAAUUAUGCGUAACUAUGGAUCCUAUGGCGACUAUGAUGAGUCGUCUCCGCAGCCAUGGAAUGGUGCCGGCUGGAAGUGAUAGAGAUCAACUGAUCAGUUUUUCCCCACUGCUCUUCAGGUAGUACGUACGAACGUAAUUUGCCAGUGAUGAACUCAUGGUGAUCUAGAUCUACCUAGUUUGGUACACAUGCAAGCAGCUUCCCUUGCAAUUGCCAAAUCACAAUAAUCAUCUUUUUAAAGUUGUCGCGUAGUAUUAGUGAAUUAUUAGCUAGCUCUUGUUGUAUUGUACCCAAAAACUUGGAUUUUAAUUUGCAAGUGAUUACUAUAUAUAAGCUCCCGGCAUGGCACCUAAAUGUGUUCUAUGGUUUAUCACUUUAUCUUACCUAUACAAUUUACAUUCAAGGGAGAAUACACAGCCAAUUUUUUUUCUCUCGAGUUUCAUCCCUGAUUCACCGUGGCUCCUCAUGUUUCACUUUGUGCAAACCAGCUAGCUAGUAUCUAAGUUUGCUAUUCCCUCCAUCCCAAUUUUUUUUAGAGGAACCGACGACAGGAGUUUCUCCUGCCGGAAUUUAUAGAAGAAGAGAAUUGGCCCAGUUAAUAAGGGAAACCGGGCCC